ACCAAUCUUCUCCGUUCUUACCAACCCUCAACCAUCGCGAUCAAUGUUCAUAUCAAAUAACAUUCUGGUGACGCCUUCAAUCUCUAGUCGCAACCUAUUGAGCGUCGCAUAGCCGCUUCAUUAGUAGCGCAGAGCCGUGGGUUAAAGCCAUGGCUCCGGUCGUCGCCAACGCAACUCUCCCGCCUACUCCCAAAAUUAAACGACCACCACCUCCCGGCAUCCAGACAAAUGGAGUAUCUUCGUCUCAGUCCUCCCCAUCCCCAAACAUGUCGGCCAAGCGACCUCCGCCCGCUGUAACCAAGCAGCAACAGCAAGCAUCUAACUCCGCUGCUACGAAUGGCGCCAACGGAACCGCUCAUCGACCUAGCAUGGCCCGUUCCAGACGCGACACUGCUAACCAAGGCCCGGGGCGUAAUCAGAGAAAUAACGCUUCUCUAAGAUCUGCCACCAUAGCUCCCGAUACAUCGUUGCAUCAAUCUUUUGAGCCACGUCCAGCUGUGUUGACCGAUUCUUACAUCCUCAAGAAAUACUCCGGACAACCGCCGUCGCUUAUUGUGCAUCUUCACGCCACCCAUUUCCGAUUCGACCAGCAAGACAGUGUCUUCCCAUACAAGUCUCCGAUGAAACUCUUCCUCGAUCACGUCAGGAGCAGAACGAUACCUCACGAUAUGCUUCCAGACCUCAACGACGCCGGUGUUACCUUCUACGAGGGCUGCCUAAUCGUGCAAAUACAUGACCACAAGACGCCUACACAGACCAAAGACAUCGCACGUCCAACUUCCAAGUCUAGUACGGAAAAACCAUCUUCGAUUCAUAACUACAACCCUUACAUUACGCCAUCCCCUUACGCUCCAUUCCCCAAGGAUAGCGCACGGAAUGGCCUUUCCGGAGGCAACGAGAAGCAGGUUGAUAAUGACUCGGUUGAUAAGGAAAACAUGCCGGCACCACCUGCUCCCAGCGAUGGACAAAAGAGUAAAGUGCCGCCUCAGGCCAAAAUCUUCACGGUCGUUAUGCAUCCAACGCCACAAAGUUUGCAUAUGGAUCUGAUGAUCAAAGCGACAACACCGCGCAGUUCUGGAGACGCCAAGGCCGGCGCUGAGUCCGGCAUGGUUCCGGCUACGCCACUGUCUGCCGUACCUCCAACCCCGACGACGGCCAGCAUGCCGCCGCCGGCUAAGAGGCAGAAACGUGAUAGGAUGGAAUUAGAUGCGAGCAACAUCCAUAUCGCAGAGGCGGACAUAUUAUUAGCAACCGCCGCACCACUACGCCUAGACAUCCCCAAGAACAAAGAAGAGGCCAUCGCGCUCAUCGAAAACAUGACCGACUCCCAUCACUCUGAACCACCGCCGAAACCGAAGGCUCGGAAGCGGACUGUUGCCGAAAGGGCUGCCGACGAGGCAUUGGCUGCGGAGCAAGAGAAAUACAUGCUUACUUAUGAUGAACGUCGCUCGGCUAGUACGGGCAACGCCCAGACUGGUACCGACGACGCCGAUGGCAACGGACAAUCGGGCACUACGGCUUUUGAGCCUCGCUUUGAGCGAUUCAAGGUCCUUGCUGAUAUUAGGGCAGAGCACGAGGCCAAGAAAGAACAAGAAAAGGCUCGGCAACAGGAGAACGAACGCAAGCUUCAACAACAGAAGCAAGAGCAGGCUGCCUUGCAACGACAACAAGCUGAACAACAGGAGAAACUGCGUCGCGAAGAAGCUCAAAGACAGGCCCAAAUACGGCAACAACAACAGCAGCAGCAGCAGCAGCAACAGCAACAGCAACAGCAGGAAGCUCAGCGCCGUGCGAUGGCCCAACAACAGGCCCAGGCACAAGCCCAGGCUCAAGCUCAAGCACAAGCUCAGGCCCAAGCCCAAGCUGCUCAGUCGCCACAGAACACUCAGAUGAAUCAAAUGCCGCAAUCGUCUCACGGACACCCGGCACAGAAUGGAAUGCCCAAUGGCGUUAUGCCGACUCAGGCUGCUCACAGGUUCCCACAACAGGUCUCUCAGCCACCGGUCUCGUCGCCGGUCGUCCGCCAGAACACCCCGCAGAACAUGUCCAGCCCCAUGGUCGGCAACGCGCCCAUGCAGCAAACCAACUCGGGCAUGGGAGCAAGCCCUCCAAGAUCGUCUUCUGUGGCUCAGGCUCACGGGCCGAUGUCUGCUCCAAUGGCUGUAAGCAUGUCUGCUAGGGGUAGCCAGCAGAGCCAUCCUUCGAACACGCCACGCAUGCCGAGCGCGACGCCGCAGAUGCCGCAUGGCACCCCGAUCAACCGACCGAUGCCCACUCCCCGAAUGACUCAAGCAAGUCCUCCGCCAGGCAUGAUGGCCCAAAACUCUCAUAUGGGUCAAAUGAUGAUGGGCAAUCAGACUAUGGGUCAACCUAUGCCUAAUCAACUAUUAGCUGCUCAAAUUGCUCAACAGCAGCGUCAACGCAUCGCGCAGCAGCAGCAGCUCCAGGCUAUGCAGAAUGCUGGUAUGAUGAAUGGACAGAACCCACAACUGCAUAACCAGAUGCUCCAACAACAGAUGCUGCAAAGGCAGAUGAUGAACAUGAACAUGCCGAAUUCUAACGUGAUGAGUGCAGCUCAGCAAGCUCAGAUUGCGCAGCGCUAUCAGCAGCAACUUAACAGCAUGCAGCAGCACCAACAGCAACAGCAGCAGCAGAUGCAAGGACAGAUGCCUAACCAGCAAAUGGGGAACCAAAACUUCAUGGGUGCUGCUAACGGCAUGAACCCUGCGCAGAUGGCAGCUUUACAGCAGCAGAUGCAACAGCAACUACAACAGCAUGGUCAGCAGCCAGGAAAUCAGCCCAACCCAUUGGCGAUGCAGGUGCGGACGAGGCAACAACACUUCUAUCGACAAAACAUAUCACAAUUUGCAGAACGUUUCGGGGGUGUUCAGAGCAUCCCACAGGAUAUCCACGACCAGUUUAAGCAGAACUGUCUUAAGAAAGCACAGGAGUCAGUGCAGAGGGAGAUUCUGCAGCGGCGGCAGAUGGCGCAGAACAUGCAGAACGGGAUGCAUCAAGGCAUGCAGAAUGGAAUGAAUGGGAUGAACGGGAUGAUGCAGCAGGGCAUGUAGGACAGC